UGCGAAGUGUCUUUUUAAUUCACUUUUUAGUUUACAAUUAAUUUUCUUCAACAAUUUCUACCUUUCAAUCGAUCUUUAAAUUUCAUUCUUCGACUAAUUUAAUUGUUCACUUACUCAUCUAAAUAUUUACUUUGUUAAAUUGAUCAUUUCUUUCAUCUUUCACUCGUUUUGGUUUGCAGAUUAAAAAGACUCUCAACAUUUUCUGUGUUCCAAUUGUUAACAAUUGUGUUUCUCUCCUUAACUUUCAUCUCUCAUUUUCCCUCCAUUAACAAGCAACAGAAAAGAACCAGCUAUAUCUGUAUGAAUCUCUAAAACCUACCUUUCUAUUCUGGUUACAUCUUGUUUCUUUCUUUCUUCUUUCUCUCUCUUUCUCCUCUCCAGUGAAUUUUUUUUUGCCUGGUUGGCGGUAAUUUAAUGGUGAUACUUGUCGAAUUGGAAUUAUCCUGUUGCUGAUUGUGUGUUUUCUCCUUCAUCUUGACCAUUGAUUGAUUGUUUCCAUCUUCCUUUUUCCCUCUCUCUCUUUCUCUAUCUGUCUCUUACAAUCAACACUUUGAUUUGUUUCAAUAUCUUCUAAGCCAUUUGGAUGUAGCCCUAUUGCUUUUCUCCAUCCUCAUCAUCACACCCAAGGGUUCAUUACCUUGGUAUCAAAACCUAAGACAUUUAACUGGGAAGGAAAAGUAAAUCUCACCAAUUGAGUGAAUCUUUGGAGAAAACAGAAAAAGACUUCACCUUUUUAACCAGAAACUGCAUAUUGUUUACUUCUAAUUGUUCCUGCUAAUUAGCAAAUUUAUAAUCAAUUUUAUCUUCUUCACCAUGUCUGCCAGAUUUUUUAAAAUUGUUUUGCUUGUAGAUAAUCUUCUGCUUAUUCUUCUGACCAUUUUGGGUAUUGCUCUGAGCAUUCUGCUCAUCGGGCCCCAGUUAAUAACUGAGUUCAGCGUAGCACUGGGCGUGCUGAGCUUUUCUUAUGUGGUCACUGGAUUUUUCUUCGUUAUGGCGAGUUUUUGUUUCAUUGGAAUCGUUUACAGUCAUCUUGUUUGUCUCCAUUUCACUGCUGCUUUGAUUCUUUGUGCACCACUGGCCCUUUCUGUUUGGCUUGUGGUCAAGGAAUUCUUAUAUUCCAGCCAAAUCAAUUAUUAUAUUGUUGGUGUUUCUAUUAUCUAUGGCAUUUUAUGGUUCGUCCAAGUGAUCUGUGAACUUUGCUUGGGUUGCUACAUUUGCUGUCGACCAGAAUCUCUUGAUGAGGUUGACAAGGAGAAAGGUGAAAUGAAGAAACUUGGAAAUGAAGAUGGAACAGAAGAAGAAAAAGAGAAACUUGUCCUCACCGGAAAUGAGCCCAUUCCUCCAAAAAGAACAACAACCUUAGAAGGUGUUAAAGAAGAAGAAAAUGAACCUAAUCCAGAGGAAGAAGAUGAUAUUCCUGAAGAAGAUGAACAAGAUUACAGAGAUAACCUCAGUCCAGGAGAUCGUUUAGGAUUACGUGGAACAGGAUUUCAUGAUCAUGAUGUGAGACCGAUCGAUGAAGAUGCUGAGAUAUCACCAUCCCCACCAGGAGGUAAACCAGGACACCCAACAGAAUUACCUCUUGAAACAAUACCGGAGGAGAGACAACGGUUAUUGGCGUAAGUUGUAUUGUGCUAAAUGUUAAAUGUCCAUUGGCUACUCCUGAGGAUACAAGAGUGUGAUUUUCGUUACAUCUUUGCUGCAAACAAACACACAAAAAAAGUGAUCGCAUCUAAUAGUUACUGUAUCAGCUAGAAUCCAAAAAAAAAAUCAUUAACUUUUAAUCAAUCAACAAAAUACUCUCAGUUGAAUCUUCCAGUAUUGGACAUCUCAAAGUACUCAUUAGAGUAAAAUCAAAUCAAAAAGCCGAUCACCAAUGCCGAUUCUUGCUCAAUUGUUGAAUCAUAUUAUUGGCCUAAAUUGAUUGUAAUUUAUAAAACUUGUUAAACUUCUACAUCAACAUCAACAUCAUGAGAAUCAUGACAAAAUUUUUCUUUCAUCAUCUUUAAUUUCCUUUCAUUUUGAUUAAUUUCUCAUGAUCAUUCCUCAUCCACCAUGUGUGUUCACCAAAGGAUCUACCAUAAAACACACACAUACACACACUCAACCACAUACACACAUAAACAAAUUGACACUCAUAAACACACUGAAACAAACAAAUUAACGCAAAUCAUCAACCUUGAAAUCAUCAAAUCAUCAAUUGUAACAAUGUUGACGAAGAAACAAAAUCUCAAACUUUCGGAAGCACAACAACAAACUCAAUGAGAAAUCAAAUACUACAAUUUGAAAGCAAAUUUUUAACUAAAUUAACUAAUUCUAAGCUGGAGAAUACAUCUGAACGCAAUCUUGUAACAAUUUAAGUCUUUUUUCUAAUACUUAACGCUGUGUAUUUGCUCUCUCUCUCUCUCUCUCCUUCUCUCUCAUAAUAUAUCUUUCAUCUCACUUUUUUUCAUUCUUAAUAACUUUUAAGUUGUUAAUCAAUUAUCUCUCUCUCUCUCUCUGUAUUCCUUGAACAAUAAUAAUCAGCCCAUGAUUUUGGCAAAGGAAUUACAAGUAGUAUAAUAAUUACAACAAUCUAAAUUGUAAUAUAAUGAACGGCAACAAAUAAACAAAAAUAAUUAUUCAAGUUUCUCUUAUACAAAACAA